AUGGUCUCAACAACGAUCGAAGGUUUGAGUGUUCCGAUCACGGUGGCAAUGUACGCAUGGAAUAAUUCGAAUUCGAUUUUGUACAAUGGAAUCUUUAUGGCUGCAAAUUGUUUCACAUCGAUGUUGGUCAGUGUUUUGUUAGUGAAAACGUCACUAUCAAAUGUGAACAGCCGAAAAUUGAUCUUAACAGGUCAACUCGUUUUCUGUUUGUUCUUCAUUUUCACAUAUCCUUGGAAAUUUUAUGGGGAAAAUUUGCCGAGACCGUUGCUCGCGAAUGGCACCGAGAAUCUCGAGCUUUUUGGCGGCUGUUCGAGGGUUUAUGAAUGGUGUGAAGCGACUGCACCGAUUCCGAAAGGGAUUUACAUUGCCACCUUCAUUUUGGGACUUGGGGACCACGAAAACAGGGUACAAUGCAAGGGUUAU